AACCGAACGAUCGGCGAACAGUGACGAAACGAUACACUCGACAGACCUUGUUACGUAAUAGUGAUAUUGUUAAAACGAUACCAUGAUGAAACACGUUGUAUUUCUGUUCGCCGUCUUCUGUUUGGUGCACUCCCAACGGCCACCUUACGCCGGAAGUCCUGAGCGCACCCGCUACCCUCAGGUUCUUCCUCAGUACCUCGAAGAACGAGCAACGGCAAUGUCGGUCUCGAAUCGUUUAAACGGAGACGCCAGUGUUGUACCGACGACCACCGUCUCGACGACAACGAUAAAUCCAUUGGAUGCUCUUGGUGACAUCGAUUUGAUAAACAGAAUCAAGACUUGGCCGAAAGAGAAACAGCCAUUUUGGUACCUGAACUGGGUACAGAUCCAAGAGAAUCGCGGUGACACGAGGCACAGAACUCAGCCAACUCCAUUGUCCGCAGACUCGCGCUUUAUGGGCUACUAACAAAUCAUUCACGUAUUUCUCAAUGUUCUAUUUGUAACGUUUGACGCCAGACUACAAUACUGCCGUCACUUGUCUGCUAGUCACAGUUCUACUCGUUUGUAAGAAGUUGAGAUUUACUGUACUGACACAGGAUUAAUGAUCCUAUGAUUUAAGUUAAGUGGAAGAAUAUAUUUUGCAAUCAUUUUGAAAUUGUGUUUUGCUAUUGUCUGGGUGAAUAGAAAGCGUGUACGGAACGAAGGGAAAAUGUUCGAUCUCUUUUAUAAAAACGAUCGUACUUUUUAA